GUGAACAACAACGGGAUCAUCUCAUUCCUGAAAGAAGUCUCCCAGUUCACGCCCGUGGCCUUCCCCAUCUCCAAGGACCGGCGCGUGGUGGCCGCUUUCUGGGCAGAUGUGGAUAACCGGCAGGCAGGUGAUGUGUAUUACCGGGAGAGCACCGAGCAGCCCAUCUUGGAGAGAGCGAGCAGGGACAUUGCGCAGUAUUUCCCUGAGUUCCCGGGGUUUUCUGCACAGUGGGUCUUUAUCGCCACCUGGUACCGAGUGACCUUCUUCGGGGGCAGUUCGUUUUCGCCGGUAAACACUUUCCAGAUCGUCCUCAUCACAGAUGGAAAGCUCUCCUUCACCAUCUUCAACUAUGAGUCCAUCACCUGGACCACGGGUAUGCAUGCCAGCAGUGGGGGGGACUUUGCUGGGCUCGGCGGCAUCGCGGCACAGGCAGGCUUUAACGCUGGUGAUGGAAAGCGCUACUUCAACAUCCCCGGAUCCCGCACCGAUGACAUCGCUGACGUGGAGAUGACGACAAAUGUGGGUAUCCCCGGGCGCUGGGUGUUCAGAAUCGAUGAUGCCCAGGUGCAAGUGGGGGGCUGCAGCAAUACAACCUCUGUCUGCCUGACGCUGCGGCCCUGCCUGAACGGGGGGAAGUGUAUCGAGGACUGCAUCACAGGGAACCCCUCCUACACCUGUUCCUGCCUGGCUGGCUUUACUGGGAAGAGGUGCCAUGUUGAUGUGGAUGAGUGUCUCUCCCGCCCAUGUCAGAACGGAGCCACCUGCAUCAAUGGUGCCGGCAGCUUCAGCUGCAGGUGCCUGCUGGGCUUCAGAGGUGCCAACUGCGAGACUGAAGAGUCGCCAUGUGAGAGCACAGUGUGCCAGAAUGGUGGGACGUGCCAGGCAGUGAACGGGACGGCAGUGUGCUUGUGCCAGCCAGGGUACACGGGGGAAGACUGCCAGACAGAGGUGAACGAGUGCGAGUCCAGCCCGUGCCUGAACGGUGGGCACUGCAUCGACCUGGUCGAUAACUACACCUGUGUGUGCCUGGAACCCUUCGUGGGACAGCAUUGCCAGACAGACUCGUCUUCCUGUGAGGACCGGAGCUGCCGGAAUCGGCAGACGUGCAACUACAUCCGCCCCGGACGUUACAUCUGUACCUGCUCCCCAGGUUAUUACGGCUGCCAGUAUGGCGGGCCCCGUGUGCCCGGUGCCUGCCUCUCACACCCAUGCCAGAAUGCGGGCAGCUGCCUGGAGACGGAGCAGGGCUACAUCUGUGAAUGCCGGGAGGGAUACACUGGGCAGGACUGCCGAGACAAGCUGUCUGAGGGCUGUGAGUGUCGCAAUGGGGGCAGUUGUCUGGAGGGGAACAUCACCAUCUGCCAGUGCCUGCCUGGGUUUUUUGGUCUGCUCUGUGAAUUUGAAGUCACCACCACACCAUGCAACAUGAACACACAGUGCCCGGACGGCGGGUACUGCAUGGAGUAUGGUGGGAGCUACCUCUGCGUCUGCCACACUGACUACAGCACCAACCACACGAUGCCAUCCCCCUGUGACUCAGAGCCCUGUCUGAACGGGGGGUCCUGCGAGGUUCACGAUGACUCGUACACCUGCGAGUGUCCUCGAGGCUUCCUUGGCAAGCGCUGCGAGAAAGCCAAGCCACAGUUAUGCAGCACAGGGCCCUGUCGCAAUGGGGGCACCUGCAGGGAGGUGGAUGGCGAGUACCACUGCACCUGCCCCUACCGCUUCACUGGCAAGCACUGCGAGAUCGGUAAGCCAGACCCCUGUGCCUCGGGACCUUGCCAGAAUGGGGGCACCUGCUUCCACUAUAUCGGCAAGUACAAGUGUGACUGUCCCCUGGGCUACGCUGGCCGGCACUGCGAAAUUGAGCCCUCCCCGUGCUUCCUUAGCCCAUGCAAGAAUGGUGCUACCUGCGAGGACCUCGGUGAGGGCUACACUUGCACGUGCCCCAUGGGCUAUGUAGGGGAGCGCUGCCAGUCUGAGGUUGACUGUGGCAUCCCCAGCGAGGUGAAGCAUGCCCAAGCCACUUUCAACUCCACCAAGGUGGGCUCACUGGCUGAAUACCAGUGUGAGCUGGGCUACACCAUCAGUCAGCACAACCACCCCCGCAUCUGCCGCUUGCCAGGUGCCUGGAGUGACCCCCCUGAAUGCGAUGAGAUCGAUGAGUGCCGGUCUCAGCCCUGCCUGAAUGGUGGCCAGUGCAAGGACCGCAUCGCCGAGUUCUUGUGUCUGUGUGAGCCGGGUUACACAGGCCACCACUGCGAGACAGAUGUCAAUAAGUGCCAGUCAGAGCCCUGUAAGAACGGCGGGACCUGCCGGGACCUGCCCAGGUCCUUUGCUUGCUACUGUCCUGAGGGCUUUAUGGGGACCCAGUGUGAGACAGAAGUGGACGCCUGUGAGUCGGACCCUUGCCAAAAUGGAGGAGAGUGCGAGAGCUACGGGGGCUCCUAUCUUUGCAUGUGCCCGGAGGGUUUCUUUGGCUACCACUGUGAAACAGGUAAGGUGGGCAGGGCAGCUUGGCAUGGGGCAGCCACUUGGCCAGCAGGCACGGCUAACGCUUCCGGGCCUGGCAUCUCUCCUGCAGCCAGCGACCCGUGCUUCUCCAGCCCCUGUGGGAGCAGAGGCUACUGCCUGCCCAGCAAUGGCACCCACAGCUGCACCUGCAAAGUCAGCUACACAGGCAAGAGCUGCGAAAAAGGUAAAGGCCCUCAGCAGCGGCACCAGGACGUGGUGCGGGGCUCGACGCCGGCCCAGCGGUGGCCACCGCCCACGAGGGGCUCGACACCAUCCGGGAUCAGCAGCUCUUCUUGA